AGGAAGUCCUCACACUGGGCAAACAGGAGACACAAAUCAAUAGUGAACAUAUCAUCUUAAUCUUGAUGCCGUUAUUAAGAGUUAAUCAGAUGGACAACAUGGUGACAGACGGGAGGGAUGAACCACAGACAGACUUUAUGUACUGCUGUGGAGCCAUCACGGAGGUUCUUAAAUUUGGCUCUUGUCAGCUACACUCCGGGCACAAGGUGCUUUUUCUCAUCAUUCCAGGUAACCCAGGUGUGGUGGGCUUCUACAGAACCUUCAUGCACACACUUCACAGUAUGUUUGGACACCGCCACCCAGUGUGGGCUGUAAGUCAUGCUGGCCACUGUGUCCCACCAGACUCCAUGGACAUGGUAGACGAAGCCGAGGACGAUGUGUUUGGUCUGAACGGGCAGAUUGAACACAAGCUGGCCUUCCUCAGGAAACAUGUUCCCAGAGAGACCAGCCUGGUCCUGGUGGGACACUCCAUCGGCUGCUACAUUAUUCUGGAGAUGAUGAAGAGAAAUCCUGAACUCAAGAUUAUAAAGGCCGUCAUGCUGUUUCCCACCAUUGAGCGCAUGGCUCAGACUCCUCAGGGGAAGGUCAUGACUCCUGUUCUGUGUCACAUGCGUUAUGUGGCCUACCUGCCUCUCUUCCUGCUCUCGCUCCUGCCUGAGGGACUGAAAGCCGGCCUUAUCAAACUGGUGUUUGGUGGCAUCCCCUCCCUGGACCACACUGUGGUCCAACCUACUGUAGGUCUUCUCAGUGGAGACUGUGCAGCCAAUGCUAUGUACAUGGGCGGUCAGGAAAUGAGAAAAGUUCUGGAAAGAGACAACAUAACGAUAAAGAAACAUCUUGAAAAGCUUAUAUUUUAUUAUGGAGCUACAGACCACUGGUGCCCUGUUCAGUAUUAUCAUGAAAUUAAGGAGGACUUCCCAUGUGGGGAUUUCAGACUGUGUGAAAACGGGUUCCGCCAUGCCUUUGUCCUGGAUGCAGGAACAGAAGUUGCCAAAAUGGUGGCCGAAUGGAUCAGUGGAGAACUGAGGACAUGAGUUCAUUCUUCUCUUGCCAUCUGUCUGACAUGAACGCUGACUUUUAGCGUUCAGACGAUAUCAUGGAAUUGAAUUGAGAAGAAAUAUCAAAUAUUAAUUAUUAUUAUUUAUUUUUAUUAAUUAAAUAUAAAUACAAUGUGUUUAUUGAUUAAAAUGGCAUUCUUUGCAUAAGCACAACAAAAACCCAAAUGUGACAUGAAAAAUGAUGAUAAUGUGGUUUUAUUCAUUUAUAAAACUGCUUUUGUUACAGAAAUGAUCCAAAAUCUAUUUAAAUGAAAACAUAUAUUUUAGUAAAACCCUGAACAGUGUGCUGUCUCCAAAGAUGAAAUAGAAAAACCCUCAAAGGCACUACUGUAGCACUUCUCAUGUUAGUACCUGACAAGUGGGAUUAUUUAAAUUCUAUUAUGUUGCCAUUUUGCACUGAUGCCAAUUUUUUCCUCACAUAUACAAUAAUGUGUACAUUUGGAUUUAAGUAUUCCCAUGUAUGAUGACUUGAACAGCAUACUAUAUAUAAUGGGGGAAAUACAUGCCUUAUUUUUCAUCUAUUGUAUUUUUCAUUGCCUGCCCUCUGAUGCGACUGUGCUGUCAAACAUCACAGCUGUCAUGAUGAUUUCCUAUUCUAUUCCUACUGUCAAUGUAGAAAGUCUGGACGAUGGAUGGUACUGUGAACCUGCUGCCCAGACCAUGGUGGUCCGAAUCUACCAUCAGACAUUAUGGAUCUCCUUGGUCUUGCUCUUCCUCCUCCUUUUACUCUCCACUCCACUCCUAUGUUGGCAACUGUUGCUCCAAAACAAAAGAGCUCACCUGUGGCCCUUUUACAGUUUUGCUAUGGCUCUGAUAGCCUAUUAAACAAAUGUGCAGCAUG